CGGGAUCGGUCCAGUGGAUGCGACAGGACCCCCUAUCGGACCCGUAUCAGCUUCCAUCGCUCAGAAUUCUCACUGAUGCCCCUGUCAUUCGCUCAGCAUCCUUGUCUCAAUCCUGGCCCCGAUCCUGGUGUCGUGGAACAGACACUGACGUAUUCAUUUGUCAUCGGCUGCGCAUGGGGUCCGUUCGCCCUUAUGUGCUGAUGUGCUUAGAAGAGCUGCCACGUGCAACUGUUUUUUCUUCGCAUCGAUAACCCCUGAGAUAUCUCAUCAUGGCGACUACCACGGUUCGCGUCGCUAUCACCCAGCAAGAGCCGGUCUGGCUCGACCUUGAUGCCACGGUCGACAAGACCUGUCGACUGAUUGCCGAGGCAGCAAGCAAUGGUGCGCAGUUGAUUACCUUUCCGGAAUGCUGGAUUCCAGGUUAUCCUGCUUGGAUAUGGUGUCGUCCCAUCGAUACUGAUCUAUUCAAGACCUAUUUCAAAAAUUCCCUGUCGUAUGAGUCAGAGCAUAUGCGCAGGAUAUGUCGGGUUGCCACCCAGCACAGAAUCACUGUCGUGCUUGGAUUCUCUGAGCGCGAUGGUAACUCGCUGUACAUUGGUCAAUGUACUAUCGACUCGACGGGCAAGAUUGUCAUGCGCCGGCGCAAGGUCAAGGCCACCCAUAUGGAGCGCACCGUCUUCGGCGAAGCAUCCGGGAGCAGUCUGCUCAAUGUCGUCGACCUCCCCAUCGGCAAAGUCGGCACGCUCACGUGCUGGGAGCAUAUCCAGCCGCUGCUCAAGUAUCACACGAUGAUCCAAGGAGAGGAAAUUCAUGUGUCGACAUGGCCACCCCUGCCUCCCCAUUUCGGGGGUGAUUCGUUAUGGGGGAUGUCAGCUGAAGGUGGAAUGAGCGCGUCGCAAGUCUUUGCGCUCGAGUCGGCGGCCUUCGUUCUACACACGACUGCUGUUAUGGGUCCGAAGUGUGCCGAGGUGAUGAAGUUGAUCCCUCCUUGGGAUGUCGUCGGGGGCGGCUCGUCGGCGGUCGUUGGCCCUGAUGGACGUCGGUUGACGGAGCCGCUGCCGCCUACAGAAGAGGGCAUCAUCUAUGCAGAUCUGGACAAGGAUGUCAUUGUAUCCUGUCGGCACUUUGUCGAUGCCUGUGGGCAUUACAGCCGGCCUGAUCUGCUCUGGUUGGGGGUUGAUACCCAGGAGAAAGUCCAUCACCGUCCGGCCGAGGGGAGAUCACCGAGCGUUGCAAGGGGUCGGGAGCUCAGGUCGCAACCUGUGUAUGAGAAUUUUUGAGCUGUCUUGUGCUGCCCUAUUGAAGCUGCAUCUGUUGAUGCCUUAGCGACUAUGUAUGCCUUGUCGGGUGUACGACCUCUUUUCAGCUUGUACUUGCUGUACUUUCAAGUUUGAAUAUCAAUGGUUG